AGCGCCCCCUCCCCAAGCAGCGCAACAAUCCUCUUAGAGUUGUAGUAAUGACCGCCAACGCCACUGAUAAAACAGAAGUAAUGACAGAGCUGCUAGAUCAGUCUGAGAACAAUCUGCUUGAAUGCAAAGUGUGCUUUGAAAGAUAUAACACAGAGAAAAAACAUCGACCGAGGAACUUACCGUGCGGGCAUGUUAUGUGCCUGGAGUGUGUCAUGUCUCUGGCCCACCCUCGGAAUUUCAGGCUGGAGUGCCCUUUCUGUCGCAGAGCUUGCAAGUCUUCAGAGACCAGUGACUGCUUGCCAUUGUUGCACCUGAUGGAAAUCUUGAGUCCUUCAGCCAGUCAAGCUCCAGUUGCAGGAAGGACAGUAGGGAGAAGGGAAGAUGUGGCUGCCCCUGGAUCUCAGGUCUUCACGUUUAAUCUUUCUUUUGGAGGAUGGGGAACGCUGAUCAAUCCCACGGGGAUUGCUGCGUGUCAGAGCUCUAGCUGUUUAGCCGUGGCCCACGAUGGCAAGAAAAGAAUUAAGCUGUUUAGCUUCAAUGGGAACUGCAUACAGCAGUUUGGAGAAAGAGGGCAAUCAGGAAACGACCUCAGAUACCCAACGGAUGUUGCAAUUACACUGGAUGGUCACAUCGUCGUCACAGAUAGCGGGGAUCAUUCUGUCAAAGUGUUUGAUUUUAAUGGCAGAAGCAAGAUGGUCAUUGCAGAGUCUUUUUCUUUGCCGUGGGGCCUCGAUACUAUGCCACAAAAUGACAUAAUCAUGACCGAUGCAGAGGCAGGCGCUCUGUAUCGCUUGUCUGCCGACUUUAAAAAGGGAGAGUUAAAGGGCGUGAAAAAGUUGUAUUCUAACCUAUGCUGCCCAAGGAAAGUGGCUGUUUCGCAAAUCUCCGGAGCCAUCGCAGUCAUCGAACAUUUGAUGGCAAAAGGGCCGUGCUAUGGCAAUACCAGACUGAAAAUCUUCAACGAAGACUUGCAGCUGAUCAGUCAGGUGGACAGCUUUGGCCUGAAUCUUGUCUUUCCUUCCAAAGUCCAUGCCAGUGCUGUGGCCUUUAGCAGGGAAGGGCAAGUAAUAGUAACGGAUGCUUAUAACCAGGCAGUUUUCUGUCUUGGAAAACCUGAAGAAUUCCCUGCAUGUAAACCUUUGAUAACCCAGGGUCUUUCCUACCCAUUGGCAUUAACUUUCACAGCAGAUAAUUCUCUAGUUGUUUUGGAUGGUGGCGAUCAUUCUUUAAAAAUAUAUACCGUUAGCUAAGUGGGAGGGACUGAUCUAGCUCACAAUUUCAACGAAGCGUAUAGAAAGUGCUUAAUUUUCCAACUCUUAAGCACUGGUGGGUUUGAGUCUUUUCUAGGCUAGCUAUAGUGGAAUUCAGUUCAAAUGAGCUGAAACAAACUUAGGGCUACAGUUUUAUAUCUACCUACCUGAAUGGAAAUCAUGUUAACUUAUUUCUGAGUAGAACUGUGCUGCAAAAUGACCAUCCCUCCUAGAAUUAUUGUAGUGAAAUAUAUGGAGCCAUACAUGACCUACUUUGAAACUGUAUAUAUUAGGUUCUGGACAGGAUGAGUUUCUCUCGGGUUAUUGAUGGUACAAAGCUAGACUGCUUGAUCCCCUACACCAGAAAGUUAGGGUUUCUUAAAACAAAACAAAAGACAACUUCUGCAUCAAAAAACAAUUCGGAUUUAUGUUAGUUUUCCCUGAUCUGAUACCCUCUAGUAAUGUGGAGGGUGCCAACCCCAAUAUUUCUAGCCAGUGUAAUUGAGGCUUCUGGAAGGUGACAUUUUCACGCAUUUGGAAGUUAAGAAAGACUGAUUUAUAACCAAGAUUGACCCAAGAAACAUCAGGGAAAAUGAGAUUUGUUAGUUAUCCUGGGAAUCGGUGCCUUCACUAAAUGUUCUGCGGUAUCAUCAUGCAAAGUAUUUGAAGUAGAACAAAACAAGGCAAUGGAGUGACAUGUUCACAGCUAGUUGAGGCAUGAGGAUGAUUCAUUUCCAUGCCAUUGUGCUAAUGUCUGUCACACACCUUGCAACUAGUUAAACUAGUGCGAACCUGCAUGUUUGCAAAGUUUUUAAAAUAAUUCUGUGCCAGCUGCAGUAUAUCUUUCAUAGAAUAGACAAGCUUUAUUUUUGUUUUACAGUAGAUAUCACCAUCAGUUACUAAUUAUUUUUCCAUAUUUAUCUAUAAAAGGGGUACAUAUUCAGUUGAUUAAAUAACAUAUUUUUCCCAUAAUAAAAUAAGCCAGAAUUUUAUUGUAUUUGUGUAAGAUUGCUGUUUAAACCAAUUAUAUGAUCAGUGUAAGGGACAAACUACACAUUAUGCAGAGUUAUGUUUUACACUAUGUAUUCCUUUCUUUGGGUGUGAACAAAAUAUAUAACAUUAUGCACAGUAAUAUGUUUCUUUGAUGUACUGUAUAUGUACGUAUGUAAUGUAUAUCUAAAAGCAUUAACUGUGUAUAUAUAUAAGAAACACAAAUACACACAGCCUUCAGAACCAUGAGUUCCAUUUAAAUGGGAACAAAAAACCAAAACAAGGAAAGUUUGGCCAUUUUCUAUGAGGCUAUUUUUCUGCUCACCAUUGUCCCUUAGGGUUGCUUUCAUGCAAUGAACAUCCAGAUAAUUUUCUUCAGAGAAUAAAACAACUGUUGGAGACCCACUUUUAGUGGGAAAAAAGGCUAAUGGAAGUUAAGCAUUCUGCGCUCCCCCCCCCAUCUUUUCCUUUGAAAUGUAACAGUCUCAAAGACCAUUUAAAAAAAAAAAAGCAACCCAAAAAUACACAUGGUUGUAGCUAAUAUAUAUCUGACUUAAGCCUAACAAAAAGCGAACAUAAGUUUCCUUCAAGAUCAACUUUAAAUAACUUCAUUAAUGUACCCAUGGAGUUUGGGGGCAAGUAGUUUGCCACUGUCUUCUUCCAGAUUUUUUUUUUCCAGUUUUCCAGUUUAGUGUGCAGCUAGGUUAUUCUCUGUGAUCUACCAUCAAAGUACCAACUUGGCCCAAUCUUGCUUAGCUACUUGCUUUUUCAGCCUUGACAUUGCUAGGUAUCUCGGAUUCAUAACAACAGAGAGCAAACAUAUUCCUCACGACACAAGACAUACUGCUACUGCUGUUUUCUUAACAAGAAUAUAUAAAUGAUUUUGUGAGAUGAACUUAAAGAAUCUGUGAUAACAAAGUAUUUUCCACUCCUGGGGGGUUAAAAAAAAUGCAGUGCUUUGUUCAUUGGUUAAUCUGGUGGAACUUUGAUUUUACAUAGCAUUCUUAGGUAAAUUAAAACAGUUACAUAUGAAAAACUCAUGAGAGGCUAUAAAAACAUCAUAUUCUUGGAAAUCCACAUGGAAAAAAAAUACUGAGUCAAAUUAUUGAAUUGGGUCCAGAGUUGUUCUGAGUGGAAGAAUGAGGGAAGGCAAUAUUUGCCAUUUCCCCAUCUUUUCCUGCAGCUCUUAUGCCCACAAAUAUAUAAUCUGGAAGGCUGGGAUGUUCCCUUGAAUAGAGAAACAAUAAAGUAGAACUCAGGGCAAUUUGUGCCCCAACCCCUACUUUCAGAGGAAACUGCUAUUAGAUCUUGGAUCCUUUUGCCAAUAGAAGAAAAUGUUUUGAUUCACCGGAAGCUAAUUUCUGGAUCCCUCCCAUGAUUUGUACAAAAUUUACCAUCUGACAUGUUGCAGUUAGAACAGGAAUGGAAUUAGGAUAAAAAUAAUGUUUUCUUUUUUCCCCUUUGGCUUUUGGAAAAAAAAGUUGGCAGUCAAAUAUCCUACUUCUGGCAAAAAAAAAUAUGCUUCAUAUCAACAUGGACAUGAUACAAUGGACUAUCAGAAAACUAUCUUCAUGUUCAAUUGCAGAAGUAAAGCUUUAAUAAAAUAUUACAGUGCCUUCCAAAACAGAUGGGAUGAAGAAGUAUUUUUGAUAAUGUCACUGGCUCCAUAUACUGAAAGGUAAAAUAAAGGUCAACAAAUUGAUUUCAAGAGGCAGGAGAAAGGUUUGUACACAGUUUGGGCUAUUGUAUGCAUAUUGCCUACAUCCACAAAAAUGUAUUGUGGUUAUUUUUUAAAUAACCUAUAAAUAACCACAGCAGCAUUUGAUUCAUUUAGUAGCUCCAGGCCAAAAGAGAUUUGAUGCCAGAGAACUGUGAUUGGAUGUCUUGAAUUUUGUUUUCAUUUUAAGUAAGUCAUGAGGUUUAAUUUUCAUACUUCUGCUAGAAAGUCUUUCACUCUAAAAGUCUAUACUGUAAAGCAGGGAUAACAAAGUGCAGCCUUGGAAUCACAUUCAGCUUGCCAGCAUUCCUAUAUUUGUGGCUUUCAGAGCCCUUCAGAGUAGGAGGGACCAAAAAUAUUGGCCCUUUUUAAAAAAUUUGGGGACAGGUAAGAAAAAAUGUCACAAAGGGGAAGUCCAUGCCUCCUACUGAAAACAAAUAUUUGAUGGUUUAUUUUAUAGACCCCCCCCCCCGUCUCCAUUCUCUUCAUAGGCCCAUGCCAAAGCUCUCAGCUCUUUCUCAACCCCUUGCAAGAUAGAUAGAUAGAUAGAUAGAUAGAUAGAUAGAUAGAUAGAUAGAUAGAUAGAUAGAUA